UGGAGCCCUGCAGCCGCUAGUCAUGUACCGCUCCACCAAGGGCGCCUCCAAGGCGCGCCGCGACCAGAUCAACGCUGAGAUCCGGAACCUCAAGGAGCUCCUGCCUCUAGCUGAAGCGGACAAGGUCCGGCUCUCCUACCUGCACAUUAUGAGUCUUGCUUGCAUCUACACUCGCAAGGGCGUCUUCUUCGCUGGAGGCACUCCUCUGGCGGGCCCCACAGGGCUUCUCUCAUCUCAAGAGCUUGAAGACAUAGUGGCGGCACUACCUGGAUUUCUACUUGUGUUCACAGCUGAGGGGAAGCUGCUAUAUCUGUCUGAGAGUGUGAGCGAACAUCUGGGCCACUCCAUGGUGGACCUCGUUGCCCAGGGUGACAGUAUCUACGACAUCAUUGACCCAGCUGACCACCUAACUGUGCGCCAGCAACUCACCCUGCCCUCUGCCCUGGACACCGAUCGCCUCUUCCGCUGCCGCUUCAACACUUCCAAGUCCCUCAGGCGCCAGAGUGCAGGCAACAAACUGGUGCUUAUUCGAGGCCGAUUCCAUGCUCAUCCACCUGGAGCCUACUGGGCAGGAAACCCUGUUUUCACGGCUUUCUGUGCUCCACUGGAGCCAAGACCUCGCCCUGGCCCUGGCCCUGGCCCUGCCUCACUCUUCCUGGCCAUGUUCCAGAGCCGUCAUGCUAAGGACCUGGCCCUACUGGACAUCUCUGAGAGUGUCCUAAUCUACCUGGGCUUUGAGCGCAGUGAACUGCUCUGUAAAUCAUGGUAUGGACUGCUGCACCCCGAGGACCUGGCCCACGCUUCUGCUCAACACUACCGCCUGUUGGCUGAGAGUGGAGAUAUUCAGGCAGAGAUGGUGGUGAGACUGCAGGCCAAGCCUGGAGGCUGGGCAUGGAUUUAUUGCCUGUUAUACUCAGAAGGUCCAGAGGGCCCCAUUACUGCUAAUAACUACCCAAUCAGUGACACAGAAGCCUGGAGCCUCCGCCAGCAGCUGAACUCUGAAAACAGCCAGGCAGCCUAUGUUCUGGGCACCCCAGCCAUGCUGCCCUCAUUCCCAGAGAACAUCCUCUCUCAAGAGCAGUGUUCCAGCCCCAACCCACUCUUCCCCCCAGCCUUGGGAGCUCCCAGAAGCACCAACUUCCCUAGUGCUCCAGACCUGGGUGCUGCCUCAACAUCAGAAGAGCUUCCUCAAUCCCAAAAAGAGUUGGGCUUUAGUUACCUGGCAUUCCCGUCUGGCCCUGAGCCUUCUCUUCAAGCAGACCUGAGCAAGGAUCUUGUGUGCACUCCACCCUACACACCCCACCAGCCAGGAGGCUGUGCCUUCCUCUUCAGCCUCCACGAGCCCUUCCAGACCCACUUGUCCACUCCAUCCAGCUCUCUCCAAGAACAGCUGACUCCAAGCACUGCCCCACCUUUUUCUGAUCAACUGACUCCAAGCAGUGCAACCUUCCCAGAUCCACUGAUGAGCCCACUUCAAGCCAGAUGACCGAAAGCUCACCAGAACUAUGAAGAUCAAUUGACUCCCUGCACCUCUGCCUUCCCAGACCAGCUGCUUCCCAGCACUGCCACCUUCCCAGAGCCUCUGGGCAGUCCUGCCCAUGAACAACUGACUCCUCCCAGCACAGCAUUCCAAGCACACCUCAACAGCCCCAGCCAAACCUUCCCAGAGCAACUGAGCCCCAAUCCCACCAAGACUUACUUCACCCAGGAGGGAUGCAGUUUUCUCUAUGAGAAGUUGCCCCCAAGUCCUAGCAGCCCUGGUAAUGGGGACUGCACGCUCCUGGCCCUAGCCCAGCUGCGGGGCCUCUCUGUGGAUGUCCCUCUGGUACCCGAAGGCCUGCUUACACCUGAGGCCUCUCCAGUCAAGCAGAGUUUCUUCCACUACUCUGAGAAGGAGCAGAAUGAGAUAGACCGCCUCAUCCAGCAGAUCAGCCAGUUGGCUCAGGGCAUGGACAGGCCCUUCUCAGCUGAGGCUGGCACGGGCGGGCUAGAGCCACUUGGAGGUCUGGAGCCCCUAGACUCCAACCUGUCCCCCGGGGCUGGUCCCCCUGUGCUCAGCCUGGACCUGAAACCCUGGAAAUGCCAGGAGCUGGAUUUCCUGGCUGACCCUGAUAACAUAUUCCUGGAAGAGACGCCCGUGGAAGACAUAUUCAUGGAUCUCUCUACCCCAGACCCCAAUGGGGAAUGGAGUUGGGAUCCUGAGGCAGCGGUCCCAGGAGGGGCCUCAUCGCCUUGCAACAACCUGUCCCCAGAAGACCACAGCUUCCUGGAGGACCUGGCCACAUAUGAAACCGCCUUUGAGACAGGUGUCUCAGUUCCCUACGAUGGGUUUACUGAUGAGUUGCAUCAACUCCAGAGCCGUCAAGACAGCUUCCAUGAAGAUGGAAGUGGAGGGGAACCAACGUUUUGAAUAAGUCUGUGACUUAACGUCGUCAAGUAUGGCAUAUUGU